UUUAAUUAUGCUUGACAUUAGGUGGCGUUACGUUAGAUGAAUUAUUAAAUAAAUUACCAAAAUCUGCUGGUCCAAAUUUUGCCGGUGGUGCGAUUGAAUAUUGUAUUUAUCUACAACUACUGAACGCACAAGUCGAAAUCAUCAAUUCAACUCUAGUACCAGACGAAAAAAUUCAAAAGUUUAAAAAAACCGUAGCUACUGCAUUACAGUUUAUGGGAUCUGAAUUUUUUGACAGGAAUUAUGCUUCAUUGUUACUUUUUUACGGUGAAUUAGAAGAAUACAAAGAAAAAGGAACGCUAUUUCGAAUAAAUGAAGUAAUCAAUGAAGAAAUAGCGCACACAAAUUCAAAAAUGAUAAUUCAACGGAUUCAAAAAAGGGAAGACAAGGAUAAAUUAAGUUCAGAAUGUGAUGUUUUACUAAAUUCGAUUAUAAAUGAAGAACUUCAAUCAAAAUUUAUACAAUUACUAGAAAACAUAGAACUUGAUGAAAAUUUAACUGUUCACAUAAGAAGUUUAGUAGUUUUGUAUAGAAUGGUUACAAAAUUUAUACCUUCUAACAGUUCAGAAAUUAUUUCAAUAUCCGAUUAUAAAAGUUUUCAUAGUGAAGGAAAUCAACUCAAAAUUAACAAUGCGUUUGUAAAUGAAUAUUUUAAGAAUACAUUGUUGGCGUACAAAGAAUUCAUAUCAGCAGUUCAAAAAGUAUCUAUUUUAGAUAUCAAAGAAGAUGCUCGUAUUGAAUAUAUUAAAUUAAUAUUUCAAGAGUAUUUAGAAACACUAUUAUUGCUCUCAAAGUUUGAGCAAUUUGAUGAAAACGUUUUUGAAGAGAACAGUGUAUCAAAUUUUGCUAAAGAUUUUAAUGCACUUAAUAAAAAAUUCAAAGAUUAUUUUAAUAAAUGUUUAUCAGAUAUUGGCAUAACUGAAAAAAUUGAAAAGGACUUACCUGAAUUGUAUCGACAUGGUGCUUUAAAAUUUUUAUUAUAUGGGUUUGAUGAAAGUGAUAAUCAAAGUAAAACAUCUGCAGCAACAGAUAAUGCUUCUGCAGCAACAGAUAAUGUUUCUGCAGCAACAGAUAAUGUUUCUGCAGCAACAGAUAAUGCUUCUGCAGCAACAGAUAAUGCUUCUGCAGAUUCUGGUAAGGAAUAUGUCAAACUACCCGAAAAAUUUUAUCCAGAUUUGAAAGAUCUACUUCCAAAUUUCAAGGAUAUAAUGAACGCUAAAGUUUUGCGUUUAGUUAUAAACGUGAUUUUCAAUAAUUUUAUUGAAAUGGAAGACAAUGAAAUUGUUAAACCUCCUAUUAGAUGCAAUACCUUCAAAAAUAUUUUACCACAAUUGUAAAUGAUGAUAACCAUUCGACUAUUUUAUAUUAUUGUAUAAUUAUUAUUGUUAUUUUAAUUAAAUAAAGGUAAUUAAAGUGUAAAACUACCAGUCGAACAGAUUACUGGAGUAUAUCAUUAUUCUGUAUGCUAAAUAGUACAUUCAACUAUUGUAAUAUUGUGUUAAGUAAGGACAGUAAGGUUACCUAUACCUACUGAUCUCACAUCCACGUUUUCUCACUGUUAUAAUGAGCUUUAUAUUUCCUAUAUUAAAUAAUAUCAUAUUUGUGUACACUGCACUUAGAUUUAUUAAAAAAAUAUUGUCUUCGGAAUUUUGUAUGGUUAUUAAUUAUAGAUUGUUUCAUUACGGUCUAAUAUAUUAUAGAAUAAAAAUAAAAUAUAUAUCAUAU